ACAGAGCAAGACUCCAUCUCAAAAAAAAAAAAAAAAAAAGCCUAAUGGAUAAAACACUGACAGUGCAUUUCAGUAAUAAUCAUUAGUAUUACUCAGAAUUGAUUAGUACUCUCUCCUUUAUCUACUUGCAAGCUGACUUUAAAAAUUAAGUUGGUUUUCCCUAGCCACCCUAUGCUUCUAGACCUCACAGACUCCACCUAGCCACUGCCUUCAGUGAGUACUGACGGGGCAGACUCAUUGAUUGCACCACUGCCUGAACAAAAACGGUUUUUCAGAAUAAAAACUUAUGAAAAAAGAGUAUAUGCCCACGUAUUUAAAGAAUUAUAAUCACUUUUGCAUUGUCUAAGUUACUCCUCCCUUCUACUAGCAGGAAUAAUUGCAGUGCCCACACUGCGAAAAUAUAGGUUUAUCAUUUUUAGAUGGUAUCGCUAUGCUGUCUGUAAUCUUUGUUGCAUUUCCUGUUUCACCUUCCUGCUCAGGAACUUACAUACUGAGGUUUGCCUUCACAGGAGAUAUACUCACAUAUGUGAUGUUUGACAUAUGUUUUUAAAGUAACAUGAUUAUGCUUUAAAAACUAAAUAUGAAAAUAUACUUGUAGACUACAAGUUAUAAUUGGGAGCUUCAACUGUUAACUUUUUUUUUCUUAUGGCAAAAGCAAUAAGCAAUCCCAUGAGAGUGGGGUUGAAAAUAAUACUUUUCUCAUAUAUGUGUGUUUGAAAGACCACUAUAUUUAUUUCAAUAACAACUAAAAAUUACCUUAAUCUGCAUUUGGAAAUAAACCCAAAUCGAAAUGGAAUUCAGAUGGAUGAAUUGAAAUUCAAAAUUCUCUUAACCAGAGACUUACCCAAUAAAUUACACCGUUAAUGAAUAAUUGCUGGAUUCCUGUUUAUCAUGUAAUUUGUGUCCAACUUACUGGCAUAGAGGGCAAAUCAUAGAAUGACAAAGAUUACGCAAUUCUUAUGUAGCACAUAGGGAAAAUAUGUUGAUUAACUUAGUGGUAAACAGUGUCAGAGUGUCAGGAUUAUUUCUACCCAUAAGGCUGGCCUGGGGAUCUGUUCACUAUCUUGCUAGUAUGAGUCACCAGCUCCUUCUUUUAGGCAAAGGCUCUCAAACUUGCACGUACGUUGGAAUCACCUGGGGAGCUUUGAAAUACACCAGUGCCUGGGUUUCAGUCCCAGAGAUUUUCAUAUAAUAACCUGGGGUGAGGCCUGGGAGCUGAGACUAUUUAAAACAUCCCAGGUGAUUUUAAUGUGCAGCUAGGUUGAGAACCAUUGCUUUAGAGUGGUCCUCUUUACCCUAAGAUGUAUCUGCACUGUGAUGAUCUCUAUUUCAACAGACAGUAGAUUAGAGGCUUUCUAGUGAAGGUAAAGAAUGUCUCCAUUUCAAAGCAUUCUAGAAAAUGUGUUAUACCAAAAAAGAUGCCUGGCUCCCAUACAUUAGUCUUGCUUUGAUCUUCCUCCUCUAUUUAUUCAUUAAGCAUUUAUUAUGUGUAAGAUACUGUGCAAUUUCAGAUUCCUGACCAUCCAGCCCGAUUCUGACCGUGCUCAAACCCCUCUUUAUAAGAUGUAGAGUUUUCAGGACAGUAUCAGUUUCUACCUCUGGAACUCAACCUCUGCCCUGGCUUUUUGCCUGUUGUAUGAGUCUGCAUUUCUGAUUAUGUCUUAAUUUUGAAAACAUUUCUAUUUUAAGGAAUAAAUAACAGGUAACAUCUUUUUUGAAAAGCGAUUUUGUAUGGAUGUAGGAGUAAUUAGUGUUUGAUCAUCAUCAAGUAUAGAAAUUUGGUGACCUUAUGCUAAAUAAGCACUGUAAUACUUAAAACAAGAUCUAGAAAUUUGCAACCACCAAAAAAGGAAUCCUGCCUUUCCUUUGCCAUGGAAAACAAAGAUGACCUUCCACCCUUGAACUACUUUAGUAGAAGGCUGUAUAUCAGAAUGUGUUUACAAAGGUACAUGGAUGAUUGGAAAGUCUGACUAAUUGAGAUCAAAUCCUUUGCCCUUAAUGUCUGUUGCUAACAAAUGUUAACACCAAAAUUAGCACAUGAACCUAGAUUGAGCUGUACUUUUUUUUAUGGAAAUGGAUGACAUUCUAUGAUAAGCUUAUGAGUGUUUUCAUCAUUUAAAUACUGGUAAUAUGAAUUUAAAUACAAUUGGAGUUGUUCAUUAAAAUUAUCAUGAUACUUUUGUUCUUUUUAAUAAUGAUUACAGCUAUGUUUUUACACAAGUGCUACAUACCCAAGAUAGAAAACUUGAAAAACUCCAAAAAGUACGAAAAAGGAAUUAUUUGUAAUAAUAUAUCCGCUCACGUCAAACACUAUUAAUUUUGGUGUGAGUCCUUCAUAGAGAGAUGAAGAGACAGACAUGCACACACAUAUAUACACGUAUUUAUUCAAAAAUACAGAGGUUAUAAAAAACAGAUCAAUAAUGUAUAACAAAAUUUAAUAUCUAGGGGCUUCUAAAAAUUUUGUGUCAAUUUUUCAGAGUUGAGAGCUACACCUAUACCUGUCUCUGUAUUAUUGAAAAAUAAUAACAUGGUAAACCUGGCCAGCUAUACAAAUGCUCUAAGGGUUGAGAUAGCAUGCAAAUAUAGCCUCACAUAUCAGUGUGUGAAAGCUGGAUAGACCACACAGCUCAGAAAAGGAAGUACACUCUGCAUAGCUAACUUGCACAUUCACUCUCCAAGCCACACCAUCUUCGUGGUCAUUGUGUGUCGGACACAUCAACUCUCUUCAAUCAAAAUGGAUGGAAAAGCAGAUGUGAAGUCCCUCAUGGCGAAAUUUAACACAGGGGGCAACCCGACAGAGGAGGUCUCAGUCAAUAGCCGACCCUUCAGAGUCACAGGGCCAAACUCAUCUUCAGGAAUACAAACAAGAAAGAACUUAUUCAACAACCAAGGAAAUGCCAGCCCUCCUGCAGGACCCAGCAACGUACCUAAGUUUGGGUCCCCAAAGCCACCUGUGGCAGUCAAACCUUCUUCUGAGGAAAAGCCUGACAAGGAACCCAAGCCCCCGUUUCUAAAGCCCACUGGAGCGGGCCCAAGAUUUGGAACACCAGCCAACCCAACCACCAGAGACGCCGAGGCGAAAGUGGGAUUUCUGAAACCUGUAGGCCCUAAGCCUAUCAACUUGCCCAAAGACGAUUCCAAACCUGCGUUUCCCUGGCCUCCUGGGAACAAGCCAUUACUUCACAGUGUAAACCAAGACCAUGACCUAAAGCCACCAGGCUCGAAAACUGGGCCUACUCCUCCAACUCCGGAAAGUGAACAGAAGCAAGCGUUUCCCAAAUUGGCUGGGGUUAAAGGGAAAUUUAUGUCAGCAUCACCAGAUCUGGAACCCAAGCCUCUCUUCCCCAAACCUGCCUUUGGCCAGAAGCCACCCCUAAGCACCGAGGACUCCCAUGAAGACGAAAGCCCCGCAAAGAAUGUGUCUCCAUCAAAAGGGGCCCCAGCUCCCCUGGGAGUCAGGUCCAAAAGCGGCCCUUUAAAACCAACAAGGGAAGACCCAGAAAAUAAAGACCAUGCAGGGGAGAUUUCAAGUUCGCCCUUCCCCGGAGUGGUUUUGAAACCUGCUGCGAGCAGAGGAGCCCCAGGCCUCUCCAGAAAUGGUGAAGAAAAAAAGGAAGAUAGGAAGAUAGAUGCUGCUAAGAACAUCUUCCUGAGCAAAAUCAAUCAGGAAGAGUCCGCCUCAGGGGCUCCUCCUGCCAGGCUCCCUAAGGCCCCUUCUAAGCUGACAGUCGGGGGGCCAUGGGGCCAAAGUCAGGAAAAGGAAAAGGGAGACAAGAAUUCAGCCACCCCAAAGCAGAAGCCAUUGCCUCCCUUAUUUACCUUGGGUCCACCUCCACCAAAACCCAACAGACCACCAAAUGUUGACCUGACGAAAUUCCACAAAACCUCUUCUGGAAACAGUACUAGCAAAAACCAGAUGCCUUACUCAACAACUUCCCCGCCACCACCUCCACCAGCCCAUCCGGCCAGCCAACCACCAUUGCCAGCAUCUCACCCAACACAACCACCAGCCCCAAGCCUACCUCCCAGAAACAUUAAACCUCCAUUUGACCUCAAAAGUCCUGUCAAUGAAGAUAAUCAAGAUGGUGUCAUGCACUCUGAUGGUGCUGGAAAUCUUGAUGAGGAACAAGAUAGUGAAGGAGAAACAUAUGAAGACAUAGAAGCAUCCAAAGAAAGAGAAAAGAAAAGAGAAAAGGAGGAAAAGAAGAGAUUAGAGCUGGAGAAAAAGGAACAGAAAGAGAAAGAAAAGAAAGAACAAGAAAUAAAGAAGAAAUUUAAACUAACAGGCCCUAUUCAAGUCAUCCAUCUUGCAAAAGCUUGUUGUGACGUCAAAGGAGGAAAGAAUGAACUGAGCUUCAAGCAAGGAGAGCAAAUUGAAAUCAUACGCAUCACAGACAACCCAGAAGGAAAAUGGCUGGGCAGAACAGCAAGAGGUUCAUAUGGCUAUAUUAAAACAACUGCUGUAGAGAUUGACUAUGAUUCUUUGAAACUGAAAAAAAACUCUCUUGGUGCUCUUUCAAGACCUACUGAAGAUGACCAAGAAGUAUACGAUGAUGUUGCAGAGCAGGAUGAUGUUAGCAGCCACAGUCAGAGUGGAAGUGGAGGGCUAUUCCCUCCACCACCAGAUGAUGACAUUUAUGAUGGCAUUGAAGAGGAAGAUGCUGAUGAUGGCUCCAUGCUACAGGUUCAAGAGAAGAGUAACACGUGGUCCUGGGGGAUUUUGAAGAUGUUAAAGGGAAAAGAUGACAAAAAGAAAAGUAUACGAGAGAAACCCAAAGUCUCUGAGUCAGACAAUAAUGAAGGUUCAUCUUUCCCUGCUCCUCCUAAACAAUUGGACAUGGGAGAUGAAGUUUACGAUGAUGUGGAUACCUCUGAUUUCCCUGUUCCAUCAGCAGAGAUGAGUCAAGGACCUAAUAUUGGAAAAGCUAAGGCAGAAGAAAAGGACCUUAAGAAGCUAAAAAAGCUGGAAAAAGAAGAAAAAGACUUCAGGAAAAAAUUUAAAUAUGAUGGUGAAAUUAGAGUUCUAUAUUUAACUAAAGUUACAUCUUCCAUAACUUCUAAAAAGUGGGGAACCAGAGAUCUGCAGGUGAAACCUGGUGACUCUCUAGAAGUUAUACAAAACACAGAUGAUACAAAAGUUCUCUGCAGAAAUGAAGAAGGGAAAUAUGGCUAUGUCCUUCGGAGUUAUCUAGUGGACAAUGAUGGAGAGAUCUAUGAUGAUAUUGCUGAUGGUUGUAUAUAUGACAAUGACUAGCACUCAACUUUGGUCAUUCUGCUGUGUUCAUUAGGUGCCAAUAUGAAGUCUGAAUUUUAAUUGGCAUGUUAUUGGGUAUCAAGAAAAUUAAUGCACAAAACCACUUAUUAUCAUUUGUUAUGAAAUCCCAAUUGUCUUUACAAAUUUUUAAAUUUUGAGCAUAGAAAAUGAUCUUUCUGCUUAGUUGCUAUCUCAGAAGACUACAUUAGUGAGGUGUAAGAAUUAUUAAAUAUCCCAUUUCUGCUUUGGCUACAAUUAUGAAGAAUUUGAAGAUACUUCUUUUAGACCAUCAAUAAGUAAUCCCCCUUCAAAAAAUAAAAAGAAAAGAAAAAGGAAAAGCAUUCAAGAAGAAAUGACCUGUCUAAAAAACCUAAGGAAGAAUAAUAAUAUAUGGAAGGAAAUUUUAAAACAUUCCACAAAAGAAAAAUUAUUGUUUCUACUUCUAAUUAUGAUUAUGCCUUAUAGUCUCUAUUCAAAUGACCUGUCUUUUAAAAAGGCAGUGCUGUUUUUUCUCUUGCUUGUGGGUUAAAUGUUUUAAAAAAUUAUAGCAGUAGUAGAACUUUUGUAUAAAAUUUGCCCCUAUUUGGCAAUUGUAUAUAUAUGUUAAUUAUUUGAUAUGAAUGUUAUGCAUUUAGUAUGCACAUUGAAGUCUAAACUGUAGAAGAGUCUGAAACAAGUUCUCUUUUUGCAGAUUCACAUGCUAACGGUUUAAUUCUAUGCUCUGUUUAAAGUACUCUUAUAACUAGAGUAGAUCUGAAUGAGGACAAUCCUAAAAUUAUGAGGAGUGGAAGAAUGGACCUUGAAACUAAC